AUGGGGCAGCAAAGGCUGCACGGGAAGGGGCAAUGGGGGGUGUGGGGGAAGGGGCAGCAGAGGUUGCAGAGGAAAGGGCAGCAGAGGCUGCAAGGGAAGGGGCCGCAGCAGACUGCAGCAGUCGAGGCUGCAAGGACUGCAGCAGGAGCGACAGAGGCCACAGUGGGGGCCGGUACAGGGGGAGGUGCUACGGGUGCAGCGGGGAAGGGGGUAACGGGGACUGGUGCGAGGGAGAGUGCUGCCUCGGUUGUAGCAAGAGAGGGUACGGCAGGGGCUAGAGUGGGAGAAGGGACAGCAGUGGCCUCAAAGGCAGAAGGUGAGGCUGCAGCUGAAGCAGCAGGGAGGGCCAUAGCACGGCCAAUAGGGGCGGCAGGGGCCGCAGCAAACGCGGGGAAACACACAACAGGGCCGGCAGAGACCGCAAAAGGGGCUAGCAGUAAAGCGGCAGCAGGCGGGGUGGGCUCGGGGGACAUAGGGGCAACAGGGGAAGGAGAGGUGAGUGUGGUCCCGACCGGGGUGGGCACGGAAGAGGGGGAUGUGAUAGCGAUAGAGAAGGAUGAGGGAGAGGAUGUGAUGCACAUUGACGGGCCACUGGCCCAAUACCUCACGCCUGACGGUGAGGCCGACCCGGCCCCCCUGCAGCCUCACGUCGAGGUUCCCCCUCUACCCCCCAUGCCCGUCCACAUGCUAGCAGAAGGACCGAUGGAGGGGCUGGGGGAGACCUUGAGGACAGAGCCGCACGAGGGAGCCCCCAUCCUCACCUCCCGUCCUCCAGCCCACCCACCCCCAGGAGCACCAUUUCCCCACCCCCACCCUCAGGUCCCGGUAGUAUCCAGGGGGGCAGCCAAGGCCCUGGCCUUCUUGGCGGAGCCGUGCUCCCCGACCCCCACGUUGCUCCAUGGCCAGCCCCCCUCUCCGUCCCCAACCCCUGACCCCACGGUUGCAGGCGGUCCACCGGGAGAGCACGCGGGUGCGACAAGAGCAGAGUCACCCGAGGGCACCCCUUCUCUCACCUCUCACCCCUCCCCGCCCCUUCCCUCACUCCUCCCCUCACCCCCAAGGGCAGCACACCUCUGCCCCCACCCUCAGGGGCUCCUUAGAGCACCACGUGGAGCAGCCAGGGCUCUGGCCUUCCUAGAGGAGCCAUGCUCCCCGACCCCUACCAACACCCAGCCACCCCCUACCGGCCCACUACCCCCCCCUCCACCAGGCCCCCCCCCACCCGGUAGUACACACAUCUCGGAGGUUGAAGCAUCUCUGCGGCCAAAUCCCUCUCCCACACGCUACAGGCACCCAAACCACCCGAGUCGCCGCACAGCCCCAACACGCCCACCCAACAGGCUGCCCCCCUCACACCACCCCCCCCAGGCAGCCGAGACCCACCCGCAAGGGCUUGCGCCCCAGGCUCAUGGGAGCGGCGGCACCCGGGUAGAGGGGCCCACAGGAGAGGCCACCACAGAGCCCACACAAACCCCUCUCCCCCCACCGUUUGUACCUCGCUCUAACCUCCACACUGGCCCAGCCCCUCGACCCCCACCUUCAACCCCCCCUCCCGGCCGGGUUCCCCACGAGUGGCCCCGUUGGGCAGCCAUCACCCCCCACACACAGCCUGCCCGAUCUGUCCCCACGGAGGGGGAUGUCUCGAGGAGAGAGGGGAUGCACACAGAGCACCCCCCGCCCGGCGAACCACCCAUCCUCCCUCCAACCACCCCUUUGGCCCCACAGCCCCCCCUUCCUUCACAAACAGGCGCGGACAACCGGGUUGGCCGCCGGCGGAAGAACAGGGGCAGAGGAGGCAGAGGGUCAGCCCACGUACUCCCCCCUCCCUCCCUCCCCCACCAAGAGCCCCUCCCCACCCCGCAUCCUGUUGAACCCUUACCAGGCCCUACCGCUACAGCCCGACCACCAAACCCACACUCCCGCCCCGCUCCUACACCUCCACAGGGCCAUGGGAGCGGACCAGCCCACUCUCCCCCAUUCUGCCCCUCCCUUGCUGUGUCCCCCUCCCAGGUGGCGGCGGCCGCGAUCGCUACGGGGAUGGAGGCCGUCGGGUUGAGGGAUGCGCCCAUGGAAGACGCCACCGACUCCCCCUCCCAUCCCUCCCACCCCUUCCAUGUCGACGACCCCCUACCGCAACCCAUGGUGAUUGGGGAGGGCCAAGGGGGCCUUCUAGGGCAGGGUCCACACCCGAGCUCCGCUCAGCCAGCAAGCCCCACUCCACCCUCUACCCUGCCAGCCCUCCUACUCUCACCUACAGGCAGGCAGGUCUUCGAGACCCCAGAGGAGGUGAGGGCUGGCAUUUCAGAUUUGCUGGCGAUACACCGCCCGAGCAGCUCUCCGGCUGCCCCCACCCUUCCAGUCCCACAGGACCGGACCCGGACGUAUGCGGAAGUCACCCGGUCUGUCCCUUCUUUUAUCCCCCCCGCCACUCAGCCAGGCGCGUCACUCCCGACCCCAAUGGAGACGGACCGGGUUCUGAGGCCGUGUCACGCGCACCUAGAGGGGGUGGCGCCUCCCCCCGUUCAGCCCGUGGCGCAGGAGGUCACCAGCAGUAGGGAUGAGGCAUCCGCCCCUACCGAGACCCCUCCGCCUGGGGUAGCAGAGCCGUCACUUGAACCGCACCCCGCCGAGGGGCAGGAGCACACCACGGUACACACUUCAGGCUCACCUCCACGUCCCCCCUCCCCAGCUUCGACACCGGUACCGGCACGAGGCCCGGCCCUAUCCUGUGCGACACCACCUCUAUCUUCGCUGACACCCCCCCCGCACGGGGCUGGUGAGUCGUCUCCUCCCCUCAUCCCAGGCGAUCCUCUCGGAGCUCAGGCCGCCCACGGGGUCCCCUCUACAGCCAGUUCCGACGCCAUGGCCCCGAUCGACCCCGCCGACACGGCGACAUCACCCGACCAGGUCGUGAGUUGCCCCACCUGCAGGAGCUCUUUCGCGAACCGACGCGCGCUCCAGCACCACAUUCCCUUCUGCCAUCCUGCAGACGCGGCUCGCAGGGCGCAGGCUGCCCAUGAUACCGCCUCGAUCAUCCCUUCCCUCUCACAGCCCCGUGCAACCGGGAUACAGUUCACCGACGCACAGUGGCAGACGCUCGACUCGGUGGACUGGACAGAGUACUUCUCGCCCGAGCGUAUCCAUGCACGCCCUCUCCGACGUGUCCCGGAGAGGGUCCGCGGAGGAUAUCUCAACGUCCUCAGUGCGAUCCUAGUCCGCAUUGCCCAGGACCCGGAGGCUGCUGGCCCUACCUUCCUCCUCGCUGCAGCGCCGACUCUUUUCCUUGUUCCAGCGACGCCACCCGACCGCUCGCACACGGCUGCCAUUGCAACGCGCAUCUCCCGCUUUGGUCGAGGUGAGUGGGCUGAGCUAGUCUCAGAUGCACUAGGCCGUCGCACACCCCUUCCUCGGCGCACAGGUCACCGGUCACGCACCGCCACCGAUCCCUCUACAGCAGAUGAGCGCCGCAUUGCACGUUGCCUUCGUCUGGCAGCGUGCAAUGAGACCUCACGGGCGUGCGCGGCUCUCGAGUCCGCGGAGGCAGCCCCAGAUACACAGGGGACGAUACAGCGCCUGCAGUCGAAGCACCCCAACGCGGAGAGGCCGACCCCAGCUUGGCAGUCUGGCUUCCAGAGGUCCCCUCUCGUGCUCUCGGUGGAUCACUUACGCCGCGCGAUCUUCACAGCUCCGCGGGGCUCUUCGGGAGUACCGUCCGGUUGGGUCGCUGAGCACCUGCGAGACACUUUCCUAGCUUUCCCUCAGAGUCUCCAUUUCCUCCUUGCCGUGUACCAGCAGUGGCUUCGAGGCCGUUGCGCUCCAGCUGCGCGCUCCUUGCUAGCGUCUUCCACCCUCGUGGCUCUGGCGAAGUCGAACAUGGAUGUUCGGCCGAUUGCCAUCGGCGAGGUUUUGGUCCGCAUUCUUUCUCGUGCAGUCUGUCUCCAGCUACGUGACCAGAUGGCGAGGGUCUUCUUGGCGUCACAGCAGUUUGGGGUGGGGGUUACGUGCGGGACAGAGGUCGUAGUUAGAGGCGUCCGCCGCGCUCUGGCUGACCACCCAGACUGGGUGGUCCUGCAGCCAGAUGUGGCGAAUGCCUUUAACUCCUUCCACCGAGACAGGAUGUUCCAGGCGCUGCAGGCCAGCCCGGAGUUUCAGUGCCUGAUCCCCUUCAUCGGCCUCUUCUACGGGACGCCCUCGGAUCUCCACUACAGGUCAGGCACGGGAGUGGUCACGAUGCACUCGGAGCGGGGCACUCGCCAGGGAGACCCUCUCAGCCCCUUCUUGUACGCUCUGACACAGCGUCUUGCUUUGGAGCCGGUUCUGGUGGAGGGGGAUGUCCAGCUCUGGUCGUACGCCGAUGACACGUACGUGCUAGGUCCCCCAGACAGGGUGCUGCACCACUUUACCGAGAUCGUGAGGCGCUUGGGCGAGAUGGGCCUUGCAGCCCAGCCGCACAAGUGCCUCGUCUACCAGACAGAGUCCUUUCUGUCCAGGGAUCUGGAGGCCUUCACGGGCCUAGGGAUCGAGGUCGCACGCCGAGGGCUCACCGUGACAGGCGUACCGGUAGGCACCGUUUCGUUCGUGGAGCAGAGUCUCCCGGAUCGUCUCGAGAGGAUGGGGCGGGUGCUACCUUGGCUUCCGAGGUUGCGCCAGCCCCAGACAGCUGCCCGCCUUCUGUCGGCGUGUGUCAGCACUCGUCCGCAGUACCUGUCGAGGACCGUCCCUCAUUCGCCCGCAGUGAUCUCUAGUUUUACACGGUGGAACGCACGCCUGGGAGAGACAUUUCAGCAGCUUUUAGCUUCAGGGACCUGGGCUUGUUGCGAGGACGUCCGAGAGGCCGCCCUAGACCAGAUCUUCCUCCCCAUUCGUCUCGGGGGUUUCGGCAUUCGUCGCAUGGCACGCAUUGCCCCGGUGAGUUUCGUGUGCUCCUGGGUGCAGUGUGCUCCCAUUCUCUGUUCUCUCCCUGCGUGUGGCGAGGUGUUUCGGCAGAGCUUCGCUUCAGGUGAGCCAGAGCAGAUCGACCGGGCUCUGCAGACGGCGCUAGAGGGUCUCCCACCUGACGUUCUCUCUCUCCUUCCCCCCUGGCCCUCCUGCGCUUCUGCCUCCCCCGAUUCCCUUUUUGCAGGAGCGAGCCGUCUUCUGGAGGCGCAGGCCUUGGAGGCCGUGCGUGCCCGUCACGCCUCUCCCUUGCACCUUGCCCGUUUGACUUCCCUUCAGGGAGGAGGUGCAGGGGCGUGGUUGACGUCGGUGCCGUACGCUGACCCACUGCGCAUCCCGGAGGCGCUGUGGCAGGCGGCUUCAUCUUCUCGUCUUGGCCUCCCGAUCCCCCAAUUAGCCCUUGCAGGUCAGUGCUCCUGCGGACAGGCGAUUGACGACAUGAUGGUGCCUCAUCACGCGGUCCGGUGCCCGCGCUACGGGGUCGCCACUACCAUCCACGACACGGUGAAGUACAUGCUUCGAGACUUUGCGGUCGAGGCGGGCUUCGCGGUAAAGGUGGAGGACUCUACGCUGUUCACACAGUUGGAGGCGGCUCGAGCGAGACUACUGGGACAGCCAGUGGUGGGAGAGGGGACGCGGGCUGAGGGACCGGGGGAGCAGAGAGGCGAGGCGGGACAGCCGGGUGGCGGGGGACAUUGGGGACAGCACCAGCUGCGGGGUCAGGUGGAGCGAGGGACAGGUGGGCAGAGGGGACGGCAGGGGGAGCAGACGGGCCAGGACGGGGAGGGGAGACAACACAGGCAGCAGCAGGAGAGCCAGUGGAGGCCGCGGGCCCAGGGCGCCGCGCCUCCAGGUUCGGCCUCGGAGGUGGGGCAGGGGCGGGAGCAGCAGAGAGCGGACGGAGGUACAGGAGGGGCAGCGGGAUUGGGAGGGGAGGGCCAGGGAGUGAGAGAGGCAGCAGGGGAUGGAGCAGGGGGGUUGGGAGGGUUGGGGGAGGGUAGAGAGGGGGAGGGGAGAGGACAGGUGGAUGGAGGAGAGGAGAGGGGGAGAGAGACGAUCGGAGAGGAGGCACCAAGGGACCAGACAGGGCAGCAGCCAGCGCAACAGCAGGGACCAGUCGGACACACAGGCCGUGUAGGCACCGCCUCCCGCAUCCCAGACCUCACCUGCCGCGACGUUAGCCAGGGUCUGAUGGUUCUUGUGGAUGUCUCCAUAGCGGAUCCACAGCGGGAGGGGAACGUGCAGCUGAGACGGGCGACCCCCACACAAAUUGGAGUGGCAGCAGCUAGGCGGGUGCAGGAGAAGCUGCGGCACUGGGGGCCGCAUUUAGAGGGGCUGCAGCCGGCACCACACUUUUACGCGUGCGUGGCGGAGACCUUUGGCCUUCUCAGUGAGCCGCUGCGUCAGUUUCUGGGGCUCUGCGCAAAGAGGAUAGCACAGCGGAGAAGGGAUAGAGGUGGGGGGGAUGACGGAUCGGCACGGAUAUUUGAGGCAGGACUCACUACACGCCUCUCCGUUGCACUGCAGCGCGCGCAGGCUCAAUGCAUGAUCCAGCAUGCGGUGCGGCAGUUAGGGAGAUCCGACGACGGGUGGAUGCCCGCACCAGUCCCACUGGGUGCGGGGCAGGGUACUUGGCACCACGUCACAGGGUGCUUCGAGAGUUCACACCCCCUGCCCCCUCAUGCCAUCCGCUCCCCCCGCCCCUACCCUCCGCGUGCCCGCUCCCUUGCCGCCUCUUUUGACCCUCCCUGCCCCCCCUCGCCGUUUCCCACCGCCCGCCAUUCGCUCCUCCCCGCCCGUGCGCUCCCCUCCUUUACCUUCUCCUCCCCCCUCCCCUCCUCUGCUGCACGCCUCUUCCUUCCCCUCGCCGACCCACUCCACUCCCUGCCCCUCCUCAAUCCGCACCCUGCCCCUCGUAUCUCGCCCCCCUAUGCUUGGUUUCUCCCCUCCCUGCCCCUCGCCGCCUUUCCCCGCUCCCCACCUCCCCCCUCUCCCUGCCCCCCCCCACUCUCCCCCCCCUUGUCCUUGGCUUCCUACCUCCCUGCCUCACCUUUCCCCCCUCCGUGUGCUCAGCUUCUCCCCUCCCUGCCCCUCCCUCCUCCCCGCCCUGCCCCUCAUUUUCCGCCCCCCCCACGCCCGGUUUCUCCCCUCCCCGCGCCUCCCUUUCUUUCUCCGUGCCUCUCCUUUGCUCCCUCCCUGCCCCCGCCUGCCCAUGCCCCUGUCUUUGGCUUCUCCCCUCCCUGCCCCACGUUUCUUCCCUCCCUGCCCCCCGUCUGCCCCUCCCUUGUUUUCCCCUCACCCAUUGCUUCUCUCCUCCCUGCCCUUGAUUUCCCACACCCCUGCCCUCGUUUCCUAUCAUCCAUGCCCCUCGUUUCCCCCCUUUGUACGUUCAGCCUCUUCCCUCCCUGCCCCUCCCUUCCUCCCCCCCUGCCCUUUGCUCUCCCCUCGUUACGCUCCCUUCUCCCCAUCCCUGCUGCCCUCUUACCACCAUCAGCCCAUCCCCACGACCAGCCCCCCUCCCACCCUUCAAUCCCCCCCUCCCUCUCUCUCUCUCUCUCUCUCUUUCUCACACACACACACACACACGCACACUCCCCUCCCCCACCCCCCCCACCUACAUCCUCCCAUUCUGCCCCUCCCUGCCCCUUUCCCACCCCCUCGCACGCCCCUCACCUCCCACCUCCGUGCAACUGGUUUCCCCCCUAUGGUGCCACCCUUGCAUCGCUCGCCCCUCUGCUCACCCUCUGCCCGCCCCUUUUCCGUGCCCUCAGUUGGCCCAGCCCCUGCCCGUUGCUGCCCCUCCCCUUGCCCCCUCAACUCCCCUGCCCCCCGUACACCCCAAGUCCCAUCCAACCGCCCCCACCCUCCCCCGGCUGCCCGUUUCCGCUCUGCACCCCCGCGACCGUGUGCGGCUUCCAACCGCCCAACGGUGGUGCGCACGGGGCGUUUCUUCGCACGGGCAAGCCUCCCCGGGGGCCCCCCACCCCGCUGGGUCGUUCCGUCCCUCCCCCUCCAGCCUCCCUUUUCCCCCCCAGCUACUUCCGCAUCCAGCGUGGGCUGCACCUCUGCAUCCUGCCCUGCCAGGCCCUUCGAGGACCCAACUGCGGCCACCCGACACCACGCCGCCUUUCCCACCCCCAUCCAAUCUCUACACCCCCUGCCCCUGCUCCCUGCGCAAUCCAGCCACCUACCCCAGCCUCCCUCUACCUCUCCCUAACUCCACACUGCCGUUCCUACCCCCAGCCAGGGUCUACACCCCUUGCUUUUGCUCCCUGCGCUGUGCCGUCCCCAACCUCCGUCCGCCUUUCCGCGGCACCAGACCGCCUCUCCCUCCCCCAGCCAACCUCUGCACCCCCUGUUCCUGCCCCUGGUGCCUUCCAACACCCUACCCCAACCCCCCCCAGUCUCCCCCUUCUCCAACACCCUCCAUAUUUCCUCCCCCCUGGGGCUCGCCCAUCCGCACUCAUCACCCUUCAUCAAUUCCCCAAUUCCCUCUGUCCCCUGUUUCCCGGCCCCGCAUCCUAUUCUGCAUUUACCACAGCGCCUCCUUUCGGUGCCCUCUCGGCUCUCCCACGUGACAGCGGGGACGGCACCCAUGCAUGCCAAGUGGAGAGAUCCCCCAACUCACUCGCUACUUCCCAUUCGCAAACCAGAUUACUUGUGAAAACACUUAAUCCUACUAGCACCCCCAAGCACAUAGAAGCGGGAGGGGGCAGAGCCAGGGGGGAACUUGCAGCUAACACUGCACGGGAAGGGGUAAGUGAAUGUGUGUGCGAAGGAGCAGCAGAGGCUGCAGAGGAUGGGGCAGCAAAGGCUGCACGGGAAGGGGCAAUGGGGGUUGUGGGGGAAGGGGCAGCAGAGGUUGCAGAGGAAAGGGCAGCAGAGGCUGCAAGGGAAGGGGCAGCAGCGGCUGCACGGGAAAGGGCGGCAGAGGCUGCACGGGAAGGGGCGGCAGGGACCGUGACUCUAGCCAGGCAAAGGGCAGAGGCCAUGGAGACAGGGGGAGGUGCUACGGGUGCAGCGGGGAAGGGGGUAACGGGGACUGGUGCGAGGGAGAGUGCUGCCUCGGUUGUAGCAAGAGAGGGUACGGCAGGGGCUAGAGUGGGAGAAGGGACAGCAGUGGCCUCAAAGGCAGAAGGUGAGGCUGCAGCUGAAGCAGCAGGGAGGGCCAUAGCACGGCCAGUAGGGGCGGCAGGGCCCGCAGCAAACGCGGGGAAACACACAGCAGGGCCGGCAGAGACCGCAAAAGGGGCUAGCAGUAAAGCGGCAGCAGGCGGGGUGGGCUCGGGGGACAUAGGGGCAACAGGGGAAGGAGAGGUGAGUGUGGUCCCGACCGGGGUGGGCACGGAAGAGGGGGAUGUGAUAGUGAUAGAGGAGGAUGAGGGAGAGGAUGUGAUGCACAUUGACGGGCCACUGGCCCAAUACCUCACGCCUGACGGUGAGGCCGACCCGGCCCCCCUGCAGCCUCACGUCGAGGUUCCCCCUCUACCCCCCAUGCCCGUCCACAUGCUAGCAGAAGGACCGAUGGAGGGGCUGGGGGAGACCUUGAGGACAGAGCCGCACGAGGGAGCCCCCAUCCUCACCUCCCAUCCUCCAGCCCACCCACCCCCAGGAGCACCAUUUCCCCACCCCCACCCUCAGGUCCCGGUAGUAUCCAGGGGGGCAGCCAAGGCCCUGGCCUUCUUGGCGGAGCCGUGCUCCCCGACCCCCACGUUGCUCCAUGGCCAGCCCCCCUCUCCGUCCCCAACCCCUGACCCCACGGUUGCAGGCGGUCCACCGGGAGAGCACGCGGGUGCGACAAGAGCAGAGUCACCCGAGGGCACCCCUUCUCUCACCUCUCACCCCUCCCCGCCCCUUCCCUCACUCCUCCCCUCACCCCCAAGGGCAGCACACCUCUGCCCCCACCCUCAGGGGCUCCUUAGAGCACCACGUGGAGCAGCCAGGGCUCUGGCCUUCCUAGAGGAGCCAUGCUCCCCGACCCCUACCAACACCCAGCCACCCCCCACCGGCCCACUACCCCCCCCUCCACCAGGCCCCCCCCCACCCGGUAGUACACACAUCUCGGAGGUUGAAGCAUCUCUGCGGCCAAAUCCCUCUCCCACACGCUACAGGCACCCAAACCACCCGAGUCGCCGCACAGCCCCAACACGCCCACCCAACAGGCUGCCCCCCUCACACCACCCCCCCCAGGCAGCCGAGACCCACCCGCAAGGGCUUGCGCCCCAGGCUCAUGGGAGCGGCGGCACCCGGGUAGAGGGGCCCACAGGAGAGGCCACCACAGAGCCCACACAAACCUCUCUCCCCCCACCGUUUGUACCUCGCUCUAACCUCCACACUGGCCCAGCCCCUCGACCCCCACCUUCAACCCCCCCUCCCGGCCGGGUUCCCCACGAGUGGCCCCGUUGGGCAGCCAUCACCCCCCACACACAGCCUGCCCGAUCUGUCCCCACGGAGGGGGAUGCCUCGAGGAGAGAGGGGAUGCACACAGAGCACCCCCCGCCCGGCGAACCACCCAUCCUCCCUCCAACCACCCCUUUGGCCCCACAGCCCCCCCUUCCUUCACAAACAGGCGCAGACAACCAGGUUGGCCGCCGGCGGAAGAACAGGGGCAGAGGAGGCAGAGGGUCAGCCCACGUACUCCCCCCUCCCUCCCUCCCCCACCAAGAGCCCCUCCCCACCCCGCAUCCCGUUGAACCCUUACCAGGCCCUACCGCUACAGCCCGACCACCAAACCCACACUCCCGCCCCGCUCCUGCACCUCCACAGGGCCAUGGGAGCGGACCAGCCCACUCUCCCCCAUUCUGCCCCUCCCUUGCUGUGUCCCCCUCCCAGGUGGCGGCGGCCGCGAUCGCUACGGGGAUGGAGGCCGUCGGGUUGAGGGAUGCGCCCAUGGAAGACGCCACCGACUCCCCCUCCCAUCCCUCCCACCCCUUCCAUGUCGACGACCCCCUACCGCAACCCAUGGUGAUUGGGGAGGGCCAAGGGGGCCUUCUAGGGCAGGGUCCACACCCGAGCUCCGCUCAGCCAGCAAGCCCCACUCCACCCUCUACCCUGCCAGCCCUCCUACUCUCACCUACAGGCAGGCAGGUCUUCGAGACCCCAGAGGAGGUGAGGGCUGGCAUUUCAGAUUUGCUGGCGAUACACCGCCCGAGCAGCUCUCCGGCUGCCCCCACCCUUCCAGUCCCACAGGACCGGACCCGGACGUAUGCGGAAGUCACCCGGUCUGUCCCUUCUUUUAUCCCCCCCGCCACUCAGCCAGGCGCGUCACUCCCGACCCCAAUGGAGACGGACCAGGUUCUGAGGCCGUGUCACGCGCACCUAGAGGGGGUGGCGCCUCCCCCCGUUCAGCCCGUGGCGCAGGAGGUCACCAGCAGUAGGGAUGAGGCAUCCGCCCCUACCGAGACCCCUCCGCCUGGGGUAGCAGAGCCGUCACUUGAACCGCACCCCGCCGAGGGGCAGGAGCACACCACGGUACACACUUCAGGCUCACCUCCACGUCCCCCCUCCCCAGCUUCGACACCGGUACCGGCACGAGGCCCGGCCCUAUCCUGUGCGACACCACCUCUAUCUUCGCUGACACCCCCCCCGCACGGGGCUGGUGAGUCGUCUCCUCCCCUCAUCCCAGGCGAUCCUCUCGGAGCUCAGGCCGCCCACGGGGUCCCCUCUACAGCCAGUUCCGACGCCACGGCCCCGAUUGACCCCGCCGACACGGCGACAUCACCCGACCAGGUCGUGAGUUGCCCCACCUGCAGGAGCUCUCUCGCGAACCGACGCGCGCUCCAGCACCACUUUCCCUUCUGCCAUCCUGCGGACGCGGCUCGCAGGGCGCAGGCUGCCCAUGACACCGCCUCGAUCAUCCCUUCCCUCUCACAGCCCCGUGCGACCGGGAUACAGUUCACCGACGCACAGUGGCAGACGCUCGACUCGGUGGACUGGACAGAGUACUUCUCGCCCGAGCGUAUCCAUGCACGCCCUCUCCGACGUGUCCCGGAGAGGGUCCGCGGAGGAUAUCUCGACGUCCUCAGUGCGAUCCUAGUCCGCAUUGCCCAGGACCCGGAGGCUGCUGGCCCUACCUUCCUCCUCGCUGCAGCGCCGACUCUUUUCCUUGUUCCAGCGACGCCACCCGACCGCUCACACACGGCUGCCAUUGCAACGCGCAUCUCCCGCUUUGGUCGAGGUGAGUGGGCUGAGCUAGUCUCAAAUGCACUAGGCCGUCGCACACCCCUUCCUCAGCGCACAGGUCACCGGUCACGCACCGCCACCGAUCCCUCUACAGCAGAUGAGCGCCGCAUUGCACGUUGCCUUCGUCUGGCAGCGUGCAAUGAGACCUCACGGGCGUGCGCGGCUCUCGAGUUCGCGGAGGCAGCCCCAGAUACACAGGGGACGAUACAGCGCCUGCAGUCGAAGCACCCCAACGCGGAGAGGCCGACCCCAGCUUGGCAGUCUGGCUUCCAAGGGUCCCCUCUCGUGCUCUCGGUGGAUCACUUACGCCGCGCGAUCUUCACAGCUCCGCGGGGCUCUUCGGGAGGACCGUCCGGUUGGGUCGCUGAGCACCUGCGAGACACUUUCCUAGCUUUCCCUCAGAGUCUCCAUUUCCUCCUUGCCGUGUACCAGCAGUGGCUUCGAGGCCGUUGCGCUCCAGCUGCGCGCUCCUUGCUAGCGUCUUCCACCCUCGUGGCUCUGGCGAAGUCGAACAUGGAUGUUCGGCCGAUUGCCAUCGGCGAGGUUUUGGUCCGCAUUCUUUCUCGUGCAGUCUGUCUCCAGCUACGUGACCAGAUGGCGAGGGUCUUCUUGGCGUCACAGCAGUUUGGGGUGGGGGUUACGUGCGGGACAGAGGUCGUAGUUAGAGGCGUCCGCCGCGCUCUGGCUGACCACCCAGACUGGGUGGUCCUGCAGCUAGACGUGGCGAAUGCCUUUAACUCCUUCCACCGAGACAGGAUGUUCCAGGCGCUACAGGCCAGCCUGGAGUUUCAGUGCCUGAUCCCCUUCAUCGGCCUCUUCUACGGGACGCCCUCGGAUCUCCACUACAGGUCAGGCACGGGAGUGGUCACGAUGCACUCGGAGCGGGGCACUCGCCAGGGAGACCCUCUCAGCCCCUUCUUGUACGCUCUGACACAGCGUCUUGCUUUGGAGCCGGUUCUGGUGGAGGGGGAUGUCCAGCUCUGGUCGUACGCCGAUGACACGUACGUGCUAGGUCCCCCAGACAGGGUGCUGCACCACUUUACCGAGAUCGUGAGGCGCUUGGGCGAGAUGGACCUUGCAGCCCAGCCGCACAAGUGCCUCGUCUACCAGACAGAGUCCUUUCUGUCCAGGGAUCUGGAGGCCUUCACGGGCCUAGGGAUCGAGGUCGCACGCCGAGGGCUCACCGUGACAGGCGUACCGGUAGGCACCGUUUCGUUCGUGGAGCAGAGUCUCCCGGAUCGUCUCGAGAGGAUGGGGCGGGUGCUACCUUGGCUUCCGAGGUUGCGCCAGCCCCAGACAGCUGCCCGCCUUCUGUCGGCGUGUGUCAGCACUCGUCCGCAGUACCUGUCGAGGACCGUCCCUCAUUCGCCCGCAGUGAUCUCUAGUUUUACACGGUGGAACGCACGCCUGGGAGAGACAUUUCAGCAGCUUUUAGCUUCAGGGACCUGGGCUUGUCGCGAGGACGUCCGAGAGGCCGCCCUAGACCAGAUCUUCCUCCCCAUUCGUCUCGGGGGUUUCGGCAUUCGUCGCAUGGCACGCAUUGCCCCGGUGAGUUUCGUGUGCUCCUGGGUGCAGUGUGCUCCCAUUCUCUGUUCUCUCCCUGCGUGUGGCGAGGUGUUUCGGCAGAGCUUCGCUUCAGGUGAGCCAGAGCAGAUCGACCGGGCUCUGCAGACGGCGCUAGAGGGUCUCCCACCUGACGUUCUCUCUCUCCUUCCCCCCUGGCCCUCCUGCGCUUCUGCCUCCCCCGAUUCCCUUUUUGCAGGAGCGAGCCGUCUUCUGGAGGCGCAGGCCUUGGAGGCCGUGCGUGCCCGUCACGCCUCUCCCUUGCACCUUGCCCGUUUGACUUCCCUUCAGGGCGCAGGUGCAGGGGCGUGGUUGACGUCGGUGCCGUACGCUGACCCACUGCGCAUCCCGGAGGCGCUGUGGCAGGCGGCUUCAUCUUCUCGUCUUGGCCUCCCGAUCCCCCAGUUAGCCCUUGCAGGUCAGUGCUCCUGCGGACAGGCGAUUGACGACAUGAUGGUGCCUCAUCACGCGGUCCGGUGCCCGCGCUACGGGGUCGCCACUACCAUCCACGACACGGUGAAGUACAUGCUUCGAGACUUUGCGGUCGAGGCGGGCUUCGCGGUAAAGGUGGAGGACUCUACGCUGUUCACACAGUUGGAGGCGGCUCGAGCGAGACUACUGGGACAGCCAGUGGUGGGAGAGGGGACGCGGGCUGAGGGACCGGGGGAGCAGAGAGGCGAGGCGGGACAGCCGGGUGGCGGGGGACAUUGGGGACAGCACCAGCUGCGGGGUCAGGUGGAGCGAGGGACAGGUUCGGCCUCGGAGGUGGGGCAGGGGCGGGAGCAGCAGAGAGCGGACGGAGGUACAGGAGGGGCAGCGGGAUUGGGAGGGGAGGGCCAGGGAGUGAGAGAGGCAGCAGGGGAUGGAGCAGGGGGGUCGGGAGGGUUGGGGGAGGGUAGAGAGGGGGAGGGGAGAGGACAGGUGGAUGGAGGAGAGGAGAGGGGGAGAGAGACGAUCGGAGAGGAGGCACCAAGGGACCAGACAGGGCAGCAGCCAGCGCAACAGCAGGGACCAGUCGGACACACAGGCCGUGUAGGCACCGCCUCCCGCAUCCCAGACCUCACCUGCCGCGACGUUGGCCAGGGUCUGAUGGUUCUUGUGGAUGUCUCCAUAGCGGAUCCACAGCGGGAGGGGAACGUGCAGCUGAGACGGGCGACCCCCACACAAAUUGGAGUGGCAGCAGCUAGGCGGGUGCAGGAGAAGCUGCGGCACUGGGGGCCGCAUUUGGAGGGGCUGCAGCCGGCACCACACUUUUACGCGAGCGUGGCGGAGACCUUUGGCCUUCUCAGUGAGCCGCUGCGUCAGUUUCUGGGGCUCUGCGCAAAGAGGAUAGCACAGCGGAGGAGGGAUAGAGGUGGGGGGGAUGACGGAUCGGCACGGAUAUUUGAGGCAGGACUCACUACACGCCUCUCCGUUGCACUGCAGCGCGCGCAGGCUCAAUGCAUGAUCCAGCAUGCGGUGCGGCAGUUAGGGAGAUCCGACGACGGGUGGAUGCCCGCACCAGUCCCACUGGUUCCCUUCUUCUAUCCUUCCCUUCUCUUCCUCCCACCCUCUUCUUUUCCCUACCACUUCUUCUUACUCCUUCAUCCUUCCUUCCUUUCCUUUCUUUCCCCCUUUUCCUACAAAAUAUAUAUACCUCACACCCCCUGCCCCCUCAUGCCAUCCGCUCCCCCCGCCCCUACCCUCCGCGUGCCCGCUCCCUUGCCGCCUCUUUUGACCCUCCCUGCCCCCCCUCGCCGUUUCCCACCGCCCGCCAUUCGCUCCUCCCCGCCCGUGCGCUCCCCUCCUUUACCUUCUCCUCCCCCCUCCCCUCCUCUGCUGCACGCCUCUUCCUUCCCCUCGCCGACCCACUCCACUCCCUGCCCCUCCUCAAUCCGCACCCUGCCCCUCGUAUCUCGCCCCCCUAUGCUUGGUUUCUCCCCUCCCUGCCCCUCGCCGCCUUUCCCCGCUCCCCACCUCCCCCCUCUCCCUGCCCCCCCCCACUCUCCCCCCCCCUUGUCCUUGGCUUCCUACCUCCCUGCCUCACCUUUCCCCCCUCCGUGUGCUCAGCUUCUCCCCUCCCUGCACCUCCCUCCUCCCCGCCCUGCCCCUCAUUUUCCGCCCCCCCCACGCCCGGUUUCUCCCCUCCCCGCGCCUCCCUUUCUUUCUCCGUGCCUCUCCUUUGCUCCCUCCCUGCCCCCGCCUGCCCAUGCCCCUGUCUUUGGCUUCUCCCCUCCCUGCCCCACGUUUCUUCCCUCCCUGCCCCCCGUCUGCCCCUCCCUUGUUUUCCCCUCACCCAUUGCUUCUCUCCUCCCUGCCCUUGAUUUCCCACACCCCUGCCCUCGUUUCCUAUCAUCCAUGCCCCUCGUUUCCCCCCUUUGUACGUUCAGCCUCUUCCCUCCCUGCCCCUCCCUUCCUCCCCCCCUGCCCUUUGCUCUCCCCUCGUUACGCUCCCUUCUCCCCAUCCCUGCUGCCCUCUUACCACCAUCAGCCCAUCCCCACGACCAGCCCCCCUCCCACCCUUCAAUCCCCCCCUCCCUCUCUCUCUCUCUCUCUCUCUCUUUCUCACACACACACACACACGCACACUCCCCUCCCCCACCCCCCCCCCACCUACAUCCUCCCAUUCUGCCCCUCCCUGCCCCUUUCCCACCCCCUCGCACGCCCCUCACCUCCCACCUCCGUGCAACUGGUUUCCCCCCCAUGGUGCGCACGGGGCGUUUCUUCGCACGGGCAAGCCUCCCCGGGGGCCCCCCACCCCGCUGGGUCGUUUCACACCCCCUGCCCCCUCAUGCCAUCCGCUCCCCCCGCCCCUACCCUCCGCGUGCCUGCUCCCUUGCCGCCUCUUUUGACCCUCCCUGCCCCCCCUCGCCGUUUCCCACCGCCCGCCAUUCGCUCCUCCCCGCCCGUGCGCUCCCCUCCUUUACCUUCUCCUCCCCCCUCCCCUCCUCUGCUGCACGCCUCUUCCUUCCCCUCGCCGACCCACUCCACUCCCUGCCCCUCCUCAAUCCGCACCCUGCCCCUCGUAUCUCGCCCCCCUAUGCUUGGUUUCUCCCCUCCCUGCCCCUCGCCGCCUUUCCCCGCUCCCCACCUCCCCCCUCUCCCUGCCCCCCCACUCUCCCCCCCCCUUGUCCUUGGCUUCCUACCUCCCUGCCUCACCUUUCCCCCCUCCGUGUGCUCAGCUUCUCCCCUCCCUGCCCCUCCCUCCUCCCCGCCCUGCCCCUCAUUUUCCGCCCCCCCCCACGCCCGGUUUCUCCCCUCCCCGCGCCUCCCUUUCUUUCUCCGUGCCUCUCCUUUGCUCCCUCCCUGCCCCCGCCUGCCCAUGCCCCUGUCUUUGGCUUCUCCCCUCCCUGCCCCACGUUUCUUCCCUCCCUGCCCCCCGUCUGCCCCUCCCUUGUUUUCCCCUCACCCAUUGCUUCUCUCCUCCCUGCCCUUGAUUUCCCACACCCCUGCCCUCGUUUCCUAUCAUCCAUGCCCCUCGUUUCCCCCCUUUGUACGUUCAGCCUCUUCCCUCCCUGCCCCUCCCUUCCUCCCCCCCUGCCCUUUGCUCUCCCCUCGUUACGCUCCCUUCUCCCCAUCCCUGCUGCCCUCUUACCACCAUCAGCCCAUCCCCACGACCAGCCCCCCUCCCACCCUUCAAUCCCCCCCUCCCUCUCUCUCUCUCUCUCUCUCUCUUUCUCACACACACACACACGCACACUCCCCCCCCCCCACCCCCCCACGUACAUCCUCCCAUUCUGCCCCUCCCUGCCCCUUUCCCACCCCCUCGCACGCCCCUCACCUCCCACCUCCGUGCAACUGCCCCCAGUCUCCCUGCCCUUAGUACCGCCGCGCUCUGCCCGUGCGUCACCCUCGCCCACUUCAUACCACCUCCCCCUUCUCCCUCCCCCGGCUUCCCCCUAUCAUCACCCGCAUGUUCCCCCACUCCCCUGUCCACAACGUCCCUCCUCCACCCCCCCUCCUGCCUUCCCCACUCCCACUCUGUCCCCCACACCUCUACGAGCCGUACCUCCCCCUCCAGCCUCCCUUUUCCCCCCCAGCUAUUUCCGCAUCCAGCCCACCUACCCCAGCCUCCCUCUACCUCUCCCUAACUCCACGCCGCCGUUCCUACCCCCAGCCAGGGUCUACACCCCUUGCUUUUGCUCCCUGUGCUGUGCCGUCCCCAACCUCCGUCCGCCUUUCCGCGGCACCAGACCGCCUCUCCCUCCCCCAGCCAACCUCUGCACCCCCUGUUCCUGCCCCUUGUGCCUUCCAACACCCUACCCCAACCCCCCCCAGUCUCCCCCUUCUCCAACACCCUCCAUAUUUCCUCCCCCCUGGGGCUCGCCCAUCCGCAGCGCCUCCUUUCGGUGCCCUCUCGGCCCUCCCACGUUCUCACCCCCCGCCUUCCAACCUUCUCAUUACCCGCUACCAGGCUCACGCCAACUCGACUACCCACUACCCUUUGCCCCUUCCUCUCUGUUCCCCACCCUUCCUUCCCCACUUGGCUCCACCUGCCCACCCCCACCUCCCGUGGAAUUCUGCCCUGCCCUCCCCACCUCUGGCCCACCACCUGUCCCCACACCCUGCUUACCCACCACUACAUCACCCCCGCCCCCCCACCUCCACUACAGCCCGCCAACACUUCCCCUCUCAACCGGCCCCCAGCCCGCCCCCCCCUUGGGCCCCAAUCCCCUCCAACUGUCAGGCCCCCUCUACCCUCUCUUUCACCCACUACGCACCGCUUUCCCCACCCUUUUUCCAUUUCCCCAAGCUAACCCCCCGCACCCCGGCCUCUGCCAGGGAGUUCCUUCCCCCUUUGACGCCCUCUUGAGCCAACUCCAGCAACUCACGCCGCCACCGCCAGGCAUGCUGCCUCUAUUACUUGUGAAAACACUUAAUCCUACUAGCACCCCCAAGCACAUAGAAGCGGGAGGGGGCAGAGCCAGGGGGGAACUUGCAGCUAACACUGCACGGGAAGGGGUAAGUGAAUGUGUGUGCGAAGGAGCAGCAAAGGCUGCAGAGGAUGGGGCAGCAAAGGCUGCACGGGAAGGGGCAAUGGGGGUUGUGGGGGAAGGGGCAGCAGAGGUUGCAGAGGAAAGGGCAGCAGAGGCUGCAAGGGAAGGGGCAGCAGCGGCUGCACGGGAAAGGGCGGCAGAGGCUGCACGGGAAGGGGCGGCAGGGACCGUGACUCUGGCCAGGCAAAGGGCAGAGGCCAUGGAGACAGGGGGAGGUGCUACGGGUGCAGCGGGGAAGGGGGUAACGGGGACUGGUGCGAGGGAGAGUGCUGCCUCGGUUGUAGCAAGAGAGGGUACGGCAGGGGCUAGAGUGGGAGAAGGGACAGCAGUGGCCUCAAAGGCAGAAGGUGAGGCUGCAGCUGAAGCAGCAGGGAGGGCCAUAGCACGGCCAGUAGGGGCGGCAGGGGCCGCAGCAAACGCGGGGAAACACACAGCAGGGCCGGCAGAGACCGCAAAAGGGGCUAGCAGUAAAGCGGCAGCAGGCGGGGUGGGCUCGGGGGGACAUAGGGGCAACAGGGGAAGGAGAGGUGAGUGUGGUCCCGACCGGGAAGGACCGAUGGAGGGGCUGGGGGAGACCUUGAGGACAGAGCCGCACGAGGGAGCCCCCAUCCUCACCUCCCGUCCACCAGCCCACCCACCCCCAGGAGCACCAUUUCCCCACCCCCACCCUCAGGUCCCGGUAGUAUCCAGGGGGGCAGCCAAGGCCCUGGCCUUCUUGGCGGAGCCGUGCUCCCCGACCCCCACGUUGCUCCAUGGCCAGCCCCCCUCUCCGUCCCCAACCCCUGACCCCACGGUUGCAGGCGGUCCACCGGGAGAGCACGCGGCACACCUCUGCCCCCACCCUCAGGGGCUCCUUAGAGCACCACGUGGAGCAGCCAGGGCUCUGGCCUUCCUAGAGGAGCCAUGCUCCCCGACCCCUACCAACACCCAGCCACCCCCCACCGGCCCACUACCCCCCCCUCCACCAGGCCCCCCCCCACCCGGUAGUACACACAUCUCGGAGGUUGAAGCAUCUCUGCGGCCAAAUCCCUCUCCCACACGCUACAGGCACCCAAACCACCCGAGUCGCCGCACAGCCCCAACACGCCCACCCAACAGGCUGCCCCCCUCACACCACCCCCCCCAGGCAGCCGAGACCCACCCGCAAGGGCUUGCGCCCCAGGCUCAUGGGAGCGGCGGCACCCGGGUAGAGGGGCCCACAGGAGAGGCCACCACAGAGCCCACACAAACCUCUCUCCCCCCACCGUUUGUACCUCGCUCUAACCUCCACACUGGCCCAGCCCCUCGACCCCCACCUUCAACCCCCCCUCCCGGCCGGGUUCCCCACGAGUGGCCCCGUUGGGCAGCCAUCACCCCCCACACACAGCCUGCCCGAUCUGUCCCCACGGAGGGGGAUGCCUCGAGGAGAGAGGGGAUGCACACAGAGCACCCCCCGCCCGGCGAACCACCCAUCCUCCCUCCAACCACCCCUUUGGCCCCACAGCCCCCCCUUCCUUCACAAACAGGCGCAGACAACCAGGUUGGCCGCCGGCGGAAGAACAGGGGCAGAGGAGGCAGAGGGUCAGCCCACGUACUCCCCCCUCCCUCCCUCCCCCACCAAGAGCCCCUCCCCACCCCGCAUCCCGUUGAACCCUUACCAGGCCCUACCGCUACAGCCCGACCACCAAACCCACACUCCCGCCCCGCUCCUGCACCUCCACAGGGCCAUGGGAGCGGACCAGCCCACUCUCCCCCAUUCUGCCCCUCCCUUGCUGUGUCCCCCUCCCAGGUGGCGGCGGCCGCGAUCGCUACGGGGAUGGAGGCCGUCGGGUUGAGGGAUGCGCCCAUGGAAGACGCCACCGACUCCCCCUCCCAUCCCUCCCACCCCUUCCAUGUCGACGACCCCCUACCGCAACCCAUGGUGAUUGGGGAGGGCCAAGGGGGCCUUCUAGGGCAGGGUCCACACCCGAGCUCCGCUCAGCCAGCAAGCCCCACUCCACCCUCUACCCUGCCAGCCCUCCUACUCUCACCUACAGGCAGGCAGGUCUUCGAGACCCCAGAGGAGGUGAGGGCUGGCAUUUCAGAUUUGCUGGUGAUACACCGCCCGAGCAGCUCUCCGGCUGCCCCCACCCUUCCAGUCCCACAGGACCGGACCCGGACGUAUGCGGAAGUCACCCGGUCUGUCCCUUCUUUUAUCCCCCCCGCCACUCAGCCAGGCGCGUCACUCCCGACCCCAAUGGAGACGGACCGGGUUCUGAGGCCGUGUCACGCGCACCUAGAGGGGGUGGCGCCUCCCCCCGUUCAGCCCGUGGCGCAGGAGGUCACCAGCAGUAGGGAUGAGGCAUCCGCCCCUACCGAGACCCCUCCGCCUGGGGUAGCAGAGCCGUCACUUGAACCGCACCCCGCCGAGGGGCAGGAGCACACCACGGUACACACUUCAGGCUCACCUCCACGUCCCCCCUCCCCAGCUUCGACACCGGUACCGGCACGAGGCCCGGCCCUAUCCUGUGCGACACCACCUCUAUCUUCGCUGACACCCCCCCCGCACGGGGCUGGUGAGUCGUCUCCUCCCCUCGUCCCAGGCGAUCCUCUCGGAGCUCAGGCCGCCCACGGGGUCCCCUCUACAGCCAGUUCCGACGCCACGGCCCCGAUCGACCCCGCCGACACGGCGACAUCACCCGACCAGGUCGUGAGUUGCCCCACCUGCAGGAGCUCUCUCGCGAACCGACGCGCGCUCCAGCACCACAUUCCCUUCUGCCAUCCUGCAGACGCGGCUCGCAGGGCGCAGGCUGCCCAUGAUACCGCCUCGAUCAUCCCUUCCCUCUCACAGCCCCGUGCAACCGGGAUACAGUUCACCGACGCACAGUGGCAGACGCUCGACUCGGUGGACUGGACAGAGUACUUCUCGCCCGAGCGUAUCCAUGCACGCCCUCUCCGACGUGUCCCGGAGAGGGUCCGCGGAGGAUAUCUCGACGUCCUCAGUGCGAUCCUAGUCCGCAUUGCCCAGGACCCGGAGGCUGCUGGCCCUACCUUCCUCCUCGCUGCAGCGCCGACUCUUUUCCUUGUUCCAGCGACGCCACCCGACCGCUCGCACACGGCUGCCAUUGCAACGCGCAUCUCCCGCUUUGGUCGAGGUGAGUGGGCUGAGCUAGUCUCAGAUGCACUAGGCCGUCGCACACCCCUUCCUCAGCGCACAGGUCACCGGUCACGCACCGCCACCGAUCCCUCUACAGCAGAUGAGCGCCGCAUUGCACGUUGCCUUCGUCUGGCAGCGUGCAACGAGACCUCACGGGCGUGCGCGGCUCUCGAGUCCGCGGAGGCAGCCCCAGAUACACAGGGGACGAUACAGCGCCUGCAGUCGAAGCACCCCAACGCGGAGAGGCCGACCCCAGCUUGGCAGUCUGGCUUCCAAGGGUCCCCUCUCGUGCUCUCGGUGGAUCACUUACGCCGCGCGAUCUUCACAGCUCCGCGGGGCUCUUCGGGAGGACCGUCCGGUUGGGUCGCUGAGCACCUGCGAGACACUUUCCUAGCUUUCCCUCAGAGUCUCCAUUUCCUCCUUGCCGUGUACCAGCAGUGGCUUCGAGGCCGUUGCGCUCCAGCUGCGCGCUCCUUGCUAGCGUCUUCCACCCUCGUGGCUCUGGCGAAGUCGAACAUGGAUGUUCGGCCGAUUGCCAUCGGCGAGGUUUUGGUCCGCAUUCUUUCUCGUGCAGUCUGUCUCCAGCUACGUGACCAGAUGGCGAGGGUCUUCUUGGCGUCACAGCAGUUUGGGGUGGGGGUUACGUGCGGGACAGAGGUCGUAGUUAGAGGCGUCCGCCGCGCUCUGGCUGACCACCCAGACUGGGUGGUCCUGCAGCUAGACGUGGCGAAUGCCUUUAACUCCUUUCACCGAGAUAGGAUGUUCCAGGCGCUGCAGGCCAGCCCGGAGUUUCAGUACGGGACGCCCUCGGAUCUCCACUACAGGUCAGGCACGGGAGUGGUCACGAUGCACUCGGAGCGGGGCACUCGCCAGGGAGACCCUCUCAGCCCCUUCUUGUACGCUCUGACACAGCGUCUUGCUUUGGAGCCGGUUCUGGUGGAGGGGGAUGUCCAGCUCUGGUCGUACGCCGAUGACACGUACGUGCUAGGUCCCCCAGACAGGGUGCUGCACCACUUUACCGAGAUCGUGAGGUGCUUGGGCGAGAUGGGCCUUGCAGCCCAGCCGCACAAGUGCCUCGUCUACCAGACAGAGUCCUUUCUGUCCAGGGAUCUGGAGGCCUUCACGGGCCUAGGGAUCGAGGUCGCACGCCGAGGGCUCACCAUGACAGGCGUACCGGUAGGCACUGUUUCGUUCGUGGAGCAGAGUCUCCCGGAUCGUCUCGAGAGGAUGGGGCGGGUGCUACCUUGGCUUCCGAGGUUGCGCCAGCCCCAGACAGCUGCCCGCCUUCUGUCGGCGUGUGUCAGCACUCGUCCGCAGUACCUGUCGAGGACCGUCCCUCCUUCGCCCGCAGUGAUCUCUAGUUUUACAUGGUGGGACGCACGCCUGGGAGAGACAUUUCAGCAGCUUUUAGCUUCAGGGACCUGGGCUUGUCGCGAGGACGUCCGAGAGGCCGCCCUAGACCAGAUCUUCCUCCCCAUCCGUCUCGGGGGUUUCGGCAUUCGUCGCAUGGCACGCAUUGCCCCGGUGAGUUUCGUGUGCUCCUGGGUGCAGUGUGCUCCCAUUCUCUGUUCUCUCCCUGCGUGUGGCGAGGUGUUUCGGCAGAGCUUCGCUUCAGGUGAGCCAGAGCAGAUCGACCGGGCUCUGCAGACGGCGCUAGAGGGUCUCCCACCUGACGUUCUCUCUCUCCUUCCCCCCUGGCCCUCCUGCGCUUCUGCCUCCCCCGAUUCCCUUUUUGCAGGAGCGAGCCGUCUUCUGGAGGCGCAGGCCUUGGAGGCCGUGCGUGCCCGUCACGCCUCUCCCUUGCACCUUGCCCGUUUGACUUCCCUUCAGGGCGGAGGUGCAGGGGCGUGGUUGACGUCGGUGCCGUACGCUGACCCACUGCGCAUCCCGGAGGCGCUGUGGCAGGCGGCUUCAUCUUCUCGUCUUGGUCUCCCGAUCCCCCAGUUAGCCCUUGCAGGUCAGUGCUCCUGCGGACAGGCGAUUGACGACAUGACGGUGCCUCAUCACGCGGUCCGGUGCCCGCCCUACGGGGUCGCCACUACCAUCCACGACACGGUGAAGUACAUGCUUCGAGACUUUGCGGUCGAGGCGGGCUUCGCGGUAAAGGUGGAGGACUCUACGCUGUUCACACAGUUGGAGGCGGCUCGAGUGAGACUACUGGGACAGCCAGUGGUGGGAGAGGGGACACGGGCUGAGGGACCGGGGGAGCAGAGAGGCGAGGCGGGACAGCCGGGUGGCGGGGGACAUUGGGGACAGCACCAGCUGCGGGGUCAGGUGGAGCGAGGGAUAGGUGGGCAGAGGGGACGGCAGGGGGAGCAGACGGGCCAGGACGGGGAGGGGAGACAACACAGGCAGCAGCAGGAGAGCCAGUGGAGGCCGCGGGCCCAGGGCGCCGCGCCUCCAGGUUCAGCCUCGGAGGUGGGGCAGGGGCGGGAGCAGCAGAGAGCGGACGGAGGUACAGGAGGGGCAGCGGGAUUGGGAGGGGAGGGCCAGGGAGUGAAAGAGGCAGCAGGGGAUGGAGCAGGGGGGUCGGGAGGGUUGGGGGAGGGUAGAGAGGGGGAGGGGAGAGGACAGGUGGAUGGAGGAGAGGAGAGGGGGAGAGAGACGAUCGGAGAGGAGGCACCAAGGGACCAGACAGGGCAGCAGCCAGCGCAACAGCAGGGACCAGUCGGACACACAGGUCGUGUAGGCACGGCCUCCCGCAUCCCAGACCUCACCUGCCACGACGUUAGCCAGGGUCUGAUGGUUCUUGUGGAUGUCUCCAUAGCGGAUCCACAGCGGGAGGGGAACGUGCAGCUGAGACGGGCGACCCCCACACAAAUUGGAGUGGCAGCAGCUAGGCGGUUCCCUUCUUCUAUCCUUCCCUUCUCUUCCUACCACCCUCUUCUUUUACCUACCACUUCUUCUUACUCCUUCAUCCUUCCUUCCUUUCCUUUCUUUCCCCCUUUUCCUACAAAAUAUACCUCACACCCCCUGCCCCCUCAUGCCAUCCGCUCCCCCCGCCCCUACCCUCCGCGUGCCCGCUCCCUUGCCACCUCUUUUGACCCUCCCUGCCCCCCCUCGCCGUUUCCCACCGCCCGCCAUUCGCUCCUCCCCGCCCGUGCGCUCCCCUCCUUUACCUUCUCCUCCCCCCUCCCCUCCUCUGCUGCACGCCUCUUCCUUCCCCUCGCCGACCCACUCCACUCCCUGCCCCUCCUCAAUCCGCACCCUGCCCCUCGUAUCUCGCCCUCCUAUGCUUGGUUUCUCCCCUCCCUGCCCCUCGCCGCCUUUCCCCGCUCCCCACCUCCCCCCUCUCCCUGCCCCCCCACUCUCCCCCCCCUUGUCCUUGGCUUCCUACCUCCCUGCCUCACCUUUCCCCCCUCCGUGUGCUCAGCUUCUCCCCUCCCUGCCCCUCCCUCCUCCCCGCCCUGCCCCUCAUUUUCCGCCCCCCCCCCCACGCCCGGUUUCUCCCCUCCCCGCGCCUCCCUUUCUUUCUCCGUGCCUCUCCUUUGCUCCCUCCCUGCCCCCGCCUGCCCAUGCCCCUGUCUUUGGCUUCUCCCCUCCCUGCCCCACGUUUCUUCCCUCCCUGCCCCCCCCUCUUCCCUCCCUGCCCCUCCCUUCCUCCCCCCCUGCCCUUUGCUCUCCCCUCGUUACGCUCCCUUCUCCCCAUCCCUGCUGCCCUCUUACCACCAUCAGCCCAUCCCCACGACCAGCCCCCCUCCCACCCUUCAAUCCCCCCCUCCCCCUCUCUCUCUCUAA